GCUUGCAAAUCAAGAGAAGAGAAGAAAAGAAAAGCAGAGACAGAGAGAGAAAUGGGAAGCAGCAAGCCGCUGGGAACCACCGGAGAGUUUUUCAGGAGGAGGGACGAGUGGAGGAAGCACCCCAUGCUUUCGAAUCAGCUCCGCCACGCCACUCCUGGCCUCGGCAUCGCUCUCGUCGCCUUCGGCGUCUACUUGGUCGGCGAGCAGUUCUACAACCGCGUCAUCGCUCCUCCUUCUUCCUCUUCUCACUCAUCCUCUUCUCACUGAGACUCAAUCAAUUUCAGAUUGGCUUCUCAGCAAGAGGAACGAAGUAUAGAGUUUCUCAUCUUUCACUGCCCCUUUCUGGUUUGUACUUCAAUAAAAAGUAUCAAGUUAAAUAGAGCCUUAAGAACUUGAAGGCUGUGAAUUUUAUUAUGUAGAGGUUUGACAUGUUGCGACUCUACCCCUGAAUGGCUACAUUUGAAAGUUGCAUAAGUUGACGUGUGUUGUUUUCCUUAAGUUUUUCUGAGUUUUGUAUGUUUGAC